AUGUCCCUCCCAGCACCAAGAACUGAUUCGGCUAUAGUUGCUGGUAGUAAAGCAAAAACAAAGCCAGCUGAAGGACCAUUGAUGGAUAGAUGGGCUGUCGAAGAUAAUGUGUUAUUGCUAAAGGUGCUACCUGACUACAUUGCCACUGCUGUUGGACACGCUUCAGUGCUCGCUGUAAACUUAAUAUCAGCUAAAGAUCUUGCAUUCUCAGUUGUUCGCUUCUUCUCCAAGAAUGACACGCUCAUAAACUACUACAUGUAUCAUGGUGGAACGAACUUUGGCAGAACAACUUUCUCAUUUGUAACAACUCACUAUUACGAUGAAGCUCCUCUCAAUGAAUAUGGUUUUCAGAAGGAACCCAAGUGGGGUCACCUCAGGGACUUGCACUCUGCUCUGAGACUUUGUAGGAAGGCUUUGCUUUGGGGGCUUCCCACCAUUCACACAAUGGGGAAGGAUCUAGAGGCCCUUGUUUAUGAGAAGCCAGGAACUAGUGUGUGUGCUGCCUUCCUCACCAACAAUGAUACUAGAGUAGCUGCAACUGCAACUUUCAGAGGUGUUGAAUUUUAUCUACCCUCUCGUUCGAUCAGUAUUCUCCCUGAUUGCAAGACUAUAGUCUUCAACACUCAAAGGGUAACUUCACAUCACAAUGCAAGGGGCUAUCAUCCAGUGAAGGAAUCUGAUUCAGGCAACAACAUUCUAUAGGCCUUCUCUAGCCCU